CUUACCAAAUCGAAUCCCCCUUUCUUUCCCUCUGAAACCCUAAUUACUCUGAAAUCUCUCUUCCUGUUUUGAUGGGGAACUUCGAUGUUCUCCCGUCAGACGUUAUGUUAGAAAUUUUAUCUCGAUUACCGACCAAAUCUGCUCUAGAUUGCAAAUUGGUGUCAAAAUCAUGGAGAAAUCUUAUUCAACAUCCAUCGUUUUCGCAAAUGCACUUGAAUCAUGUUCUCGAUCAUGAUCUUAAUUCUGGUGUACACUCUUGGUAGUGGAAUUGGGUGGAGAAAUGCUAAGAAAAAGAUGGCGUAUGAUGUGAAUGGAUUGUACGUCAGUCACCACCGAUCUGGUGUGUUUGCGAAUGGAGCUAUUCAUUGGGUGGACGACCGUGGAAUUGUUGUUGCCUUUAUUUUGGCGGAUGAAGAGUUUCGAGAACGUCCAUCGCCGCUUUGUUCGAGGCAAAUUGGUAAUCUGCGUCCCAUUUUGGAACUACAUGUUUUUGACGAUUAUCUAUGUGUAUAUGUUUGCCAGCAGGAUAGAGGUUUUGACAUAUGGGUUUUAAAGAAGAAUCAAAAUUAUCAUGAUGUAUGUAUUUGGAGUAAAGGGUUCAGUAAUUUACCAUGGUAUAACUUACCUAUCACCUUUACAAUGAGUGGUAGGCUUUUGUGCCACGAUGCUCGUGAUAAAAAUGUAUAUCAUUACGCCCCAGAAGCUUCAUCUUCCAGAUGUUUCGUGAACUUUGGUAAGAAUUUUGAAAUUGGAAUCCCUCACAAGAACACCUUGGUGUCAUUGAAAGCACUAGGAGAAGAAGAAACGAAACUAAUGGAUUCGGGUGAAAGAGCAAGAUCUAGCGGGGGACAGAAAACAGUUAUAUCUCAAAAGGAGCAGAAGGAAGAAACCAAUAUCUAGAUAAAUAUAAACGGCAGCUUCAUUUGAGGAAAUCUGAUCCGGAGAAAUUAACCAGCCAACAAAGAAGCAGCACUACUGGAAAUUUUAAUGCAGUCAGAUGUAUUUCCAUUUGCUGCUGCAAGUAUCCAUCCAGAACAUCAUUCUAAUGAAGUUGAAUCAAAUUGACUUUUUUGCUCGACACCUAGUUCUAUAAAAACUCAAGACUUCAUUAUUCCCUUGUGUAUAUUUCUUUGUCGUGUUUGUUUUUGAAUGGUUGGCCCACUGCAAAAUGAAUUUUUUGUUGGCAGUGACUGUGGAUGAGUCACUGUAAUGGUGCUAUUAGACUUCCCAGGAUUUGACAAAAUGGAAGAUGUUUUGCG